AUGGCCACCGCCACGGCCGCCGCAGCCAGUGCCUUCUCCCACGGGUGGAGCCGGAGGUGUCCCCCACGCUCGCGCUCGCGGGCCACCGUCCCACGCUGUGGUCUCCUAGCUGAUUUGUCAGAUGUCUCCGCGUCAGAGUCAGAAUUGGUUGGAGACGACACAAAGACUUUGAUUUUUGGUAAAACAUUGAUGGAUGAAGCCGAGUUGGAUUGGCUGGUUACAAAUAGGAUGGCGGAAAAGGCUUUUGUUAGUUUGCCUAAAAAUGAAACAACUCCUAAGCCAGAGCCUCAUGAGUGUGUUGUUUUUCGGGAUCAAUUCGCUGCUGGACUUCGCUUACCUUGUCAGGAUUUUGUUGAAGAAAUUUUGAAGGCGUAUAACAUUGAGAUGCAUCAUUUGACUCCGAAUGGGAUAGCUAAAAUUGCUCUUUUUAUCUGGGCUGUGAAAUCUCAAAAUGUGAACUUGGAUAUUGGAGCCUUUUGUACUCCUCAUGAGAUGCAUACUCAGUUUAGGAACAAAACAGUGGAUGAGGCUUUUCAUCCGAAGAAGUAUUCGAAAGAUGAAGAUUUUGUUUCUGCUGUUGAAGUCAAGGCAGUUGAAAUUCUUGGCAAAUUUUUGAAGAAGGAGAAAGAUUUGAUGGACAAAAUUCUAGGGAAGGAUUAUAAACGUUUGAAUAGGGUUUUUGAAAUUGCUCAAAUCACAUAUAAUGAAAGGCCUCCACCAGCGUAUUCUCGUACAGCGAAGCCAAGUAUAGAGAAUGUUACAAAGAAGAAAAGGGUUGGUGAUCAACUUACUAAGAAAACUAGCAAAAAGAAGAAGGUUUCAACUUCUUUUUAUUCAGAAAGAGUUGUAGAAGAUGAAGUUGAUUUGGGUGUUGAUGCUGACAGUCAAGAAGUUCUUAGUCAGCAAGCUCGCGAAGAUGAGAUUGAAGAAGGUGAGAUUGUGGUUAAGGCUUCACAGGAAACUGCAGAGCCGUCUUCUCAAAGAUUUGUUGCUAAAACUCCACCAGGAACUGUGGGGGAUGUUGGUGCUGUUCUUCAUGUUGCCUCACCUCCUCAAAUUGUUUUGCAAGAUACUGAUUUAGGAGGUAGGCCUAUGGAGACUGAUGCUCCAAGAGUUAAAGCUCACAAGGGUAAGGGUACAACUACCAUUACCCUUGAUUUUGAUGAUUCUGAUGAUGAUAUCUUUGACGAAGAGGUCGAAAAUGCCCAUGCUUCUCAUCUUUCUGAGUCCCCAAUUGAUGUAAAUACUGGUGAAAAAGUUGCAUAUCAACUCGAGAAGGGUGUUUCUACGGUUGAAGCUUUAGAAACUAUUCCUAAUGGAGUGGACCCAGAGGCAUACAAACGUUGUUUGGAGUACCGCCAAGCUCAUGGUGUGAAUUUAGACACUUUCAAAUUUAUUGGGAUUGGCUUGGACAAACUUCAUAUUAUGUCAAAGAAGCCAGAAUUAAAGUUGUCAAGGUGCAUUGAUGAUGCCUUCGCAGUUCCUGACGCAGAGGCUGAACUUGUUGGUAAAUCUUCCCUUGAGUUGGCGGACACUAGUGUUACCAUGAUUUACAAGAACGCUCUUUUGCAAAGGAAUUUGCGUAAAUCUCUUGAAGAAGAUGCGAAGAAUGCGGCACUUCAAGAGAAAAAUCAUGAUAAGAUUGUGAAGGAGAAAAAUUAUCUUGAGAAGAAGUCUAUUGAGAAAGAUCAAAAUUUUCAUGAUAAGUGCAAUCGCCUGUGGGAAUUUUGUAAAAAUUGCUAUGACAAGUUUGGAGCAAACCCAGAAGAUCCUUGUUGGGAGCUUGGAGAGUUUGAUCCAUUUUUUGCUUGGUUGUGUCGUCAGUAUGAGGAUUUGCCAACUGUUAUUCAGACUAGUGCUAAUUUGAGUUGUGUUUAUGCAACUCGCACACUUUUCCACUUAAUGAAAGAGGUAAAAGAUCCCUUGUAUGAACAAAUGUUGGACAAGGAUUAUAAGUUUCCUUCUAUGGAGCAAUUGAGUCAGCAGCAACUUGAGAAAGAAAUUGCCGCUGAUGAGAAGGAUGAAGUUGGUGUAUUGCCAUUGUUAAUGUGUAAGGACAACUUUGUCGUUGAUCCUUCGUUGUGGUUGGAGUAUGCAACUAAUGAGGCGGACCCUAUAUUUGAAACAUUUGUUGAAUAUUUUGAAUCUAAAAAUCUUAUUGCUAAGAACAAGAAAUCUUGUUUACCGUGA